AUGGAAGGCAUCGAUACAUGCAUCCCAGACUGCCCUUAUUGCCGCCAUAGACCACCGCCUCUCCACCACUUCUCUUUCUCUUCUCCGCCCCAUUGCCCUAAUUGCCUAAAUCAUUGGUAUACUUUCAACUAUGGCUUCCCUGCUACUGCUUCUUCUGCUUACCCGUAUAAAUCACCACCGCCUGAGUCACCCCCACCUCUACCUCCUCCUCCACCAUCAAAUCUACCUCCAGAACCAUCGAAACCACCACCGCCACCACAUCAAGUACGGCGACGUCGGCGAGAACCGACCAGAUCAAGAAGUGAGAUAGAAAAAGCUUGUGUAGAGCAUUUUCAAAAGAGACGGGUUGAGGCGAAGGCUUAUCUAUCUAAAGUCAAUAUUCCCAUUGGAGAGAAUCCAGCUUGGAGUGAUCCAUCUCUUUAUCUCAUGGGAUUACAGACUUGUAUAGUGAUCAUCUGGACUGCUAUGGUCAUCCCCUCGACGCUGGCCGAGGUGAUCGGCGGUGGCAAUGUGGAGAAAGCUGAGGCAAUCCAAAUGUCGUUGUUUACAGCAGCUGUAAACACGGGCUUGCAGGUUUUGUUCGGUUCUCAACUUCCGGUGGUGAUGCAAAUUUCCCAAGCUUUCAUCAACGCCGCCAUCUCCAUUGCUGUAUCAAUUAAUAAUAAAUUUGGAGACACACUUACUCCUCGUCAGAGGUUUGAGGAAUCCAUGAGACGCAUACAAGGAGCAAGCAUUAUUGGAUCCUUCCUUCAAAUCAUCAUUGGUUACUCUGGUCUAGUCGAGAUCUUCGUUAGCAAACUUGACCUUGUCGCUUCUAUUCCACUUGUGACUCUCACUGGGCUUGAGCUUCGCGACCGUGGAUUUCCACAGAUGAUGAAAUGUACUGCAAUUGGACUCCCAGCAUUGGCUAUUAUGAUUUUCUCAACCCAUGUAAGUGUCCCUCUUAAUCACUUAUUUCCCAAGUUCUCUUUGUGGUUGAAUUGUAUGUAG